AGGAGCACUUCUCAGGACCAUAACCCUCCCAGUACACCAAGUACUUGAAGCCACUUCCCUCAGCGGUGAACAUCCAACAGUCGACUAACAGAGUAGACAGACUCCUGAGGUCAAAGUUGUGAAAUCAUGAGGAUAAAUGCAUCUUUGCCUCUCAACUCGACCUCUUCUCCAACUCAAUUCCCUCUCAACACCACCACUGACAUCAACGCCACAGUGAAACCCUUCAGUGUGUUUGACGGAUGCGAUCACCAGGUAGAGGGCAUUCUCUUCGACCUGACCCUGCAGAUCAUCAACGUAGUCGUGGGAAUCCCUGCCAACAUGCUUGUCAUCGUGAUCCUGAUCGCCCAUCGCAAAGAGCCCUCCACUUCAGACAUAUUCUUGGGCUGCCUGGCGUUCAUGGACAUCUACUUUGGCGUCAUGACCCCCAUAAGCUUCAUCAACCUUUAUCACUGGAAGAGCAAGGAGGUGUGGUCCUCUCUUAAGUUCUCCUACGGUGUGAAAGACACCAGCGGCCCGUUGUUCCUCUCCUGUAUCUGCCUGGAUCGCUUUGUGGCCGUGCUAUUUCCAGUUAUGUUUGGGCAGCUUAAACACAUCAAGUACAGGUUAAGUCUCUCAGUGUUGGUUUUCUGCCUCACCAUUGCCUACUCAGCAGCCAAGAUGGUGGGAGGUCUUCCCAACUUUGAGAACGUGUUCACUGGUGAGAUCCUUGCAGCGUUUGUUUGGAUGAUUGUGUGUAACGCGAGCAUCCUGUGGGCCCUGAAGAAGUCGCGAGGUGCAGGGAAAGAUGAGAUGCACCCCAUGAAGAAGAAAGCCUUCAAGACGGUGCUGUUUAUCCUUUGUAUCAUUGUGUUGAACUACCUGCCGCCUGUCGCGCUGUUUCCUUUUGAAGACAUGUACUCCCCAUUCGUGUUCCGAUGCUACGUGCAGCCGGUGGGCUUUGCCUUCCUCAACAUCAGCAGCACCAUCCAGCCACUUUCCUACCUCGUCCGUCUGGAGAAGGUGCCUUUCAUCUCAGACGCCUGCAUCAAGAAGUGGUGCCAUUGUGUCUCUGCAGAGAGAAAUGAAAACCCACCUGCACCAAACCCAACUCAGGCUUAGGUAGAUCUAAUGCACAUAUUGAACCUUGUAGAUGCAUAGUUUAUGUCUUUAAGGAGGAGCUGUAAAGGAAGGAACUGUGACUUCAUGAUUUAAGUCCAGUGUGAAGGAUUAUGAGAUUGCAGAUAUCAACCAACCAAAAGGUUUUUAUAUUUCUGCCAAUAGAUCCCCUGAAAUCCUUCACACUGAACCUUUAACUACUUUAUCUUCAAACGUGUGUUGUGAUUGAAUAGACCUGUAUGUAAAGUGAAGGAAGCAAUCGUGAAAAAAAUUUAAGAUCUUCCUUUAUUGUUCCCCCUUGGGAGAAAUUUGUAGGUAACACAGCAGUUCAGAGGGAAAUAGUUGCAGCACAACAGUUAGUCUCAAACAAUAGAGACAAUAAUAAAGAGAUAUUUGAAGAAUACAAUUCAAGAAUGUUUUCUUAAUGUACUGAUCAUGUUCUGAAAGUUUAAUGUAUAUCCUCAUAACAGUGUGAGGAUCAUGUGUUGGAAGCUGUCUCCACCCAAUUAAAAUCCUUCACAUAAUUUGUUGACUUUGGCGCCAUCAUGUGUACAAAAGUGACCAAUAAACAGCAGCAUGAAGUCUAGAGAAUACUAUGGACGAGUGAACUGUUACUUUUGUUCAACAACUUAAAUUUACAUGGUGUGUGUGUUUGUGUGUUUCUUAAAGUGCUUGGUGCGAGUUGGUUUAGAAACAGCUCCCUCAUCACAGUCCAACAUAACAUGGAUAUCGUCUGAAAACAGCUGCACGUCAGUAUCAUUCAAAAUAAAGAAAAACGCUUUGCCAUUUUACACCAACUGAACUCAAAGGCCUGUUUUACAAAAACAAGCAUAUUUGCCAUCAAGUUCAUAGUUAAUUUGGGAAAUAUUGUUUGUUUUCUUGCUGAGAUUUGGAUGUCAAGACAAUUUUAUAUAGACCAUAAUCUUCUAUCCUCUGACCCGUGAAUACUGAUGCCUUCAUGUUGUUCUGACAAGUCGCAUAUAGUCGGAGGCAGAUUAGUAUAUAUA